UGUGCAAACAAUUUUAUUCGACAUGUAUCAAUGAUGAACUUCAUGUCUUCAUCACAGAGUUCCAUCUGUAGGGUAUUGGACUCUUCGUAACGGAGAAUGUUGUAAAAUUCAGAAAGAGUGAGAACUCAGAAGUGAAGAGUGAGAAGCCCCAAAUACGAUGUCUUCUCGUGUUGUUCCCCCCAAAUUGAUACAUUGAGGAUCAAGUGAUCAUCAUCAGAAGCAACAUUCCAGAAUUCGAAAUCCAGACUCAGUCGCUUCUCUCUUAGGAUUAGUUCAUAGCCAUGGGAAAGAAUAAUUCUGUACGUUUUGAGAUUGGUCAGUUGGCUGAGGCUAGGACUUCUGAGCCUGGUUUCCGCGGUGCUUGGUUUCGGUGUAAGAUAAACAAAAUUAUCAGAAAGAAAGGACGGAUUUCAGCAUAUGUUGUAGAAUAUUACGACUACGUCGAUGAAGACGAAGACACGGUGGAAGUUUAUGGAUUGUUCGCAGACAGUAGUGGCCAUAAGGCAAAAAAAGAGCUGAGGUUACGCCCACAAUUUCCAGCUUUUUAUCGGGAAAGUGAAAUAUCUGAUGUGAAUAUAGUUUCGGAAGUCAUAGCGGUUGCUGAUGUCAGGAGAGUUGGAGAUUUGGUAGACUGGUUCUCUGAUAGCUGUUACUGGUCAGGAACAAUAACUGAAAUAAAAGAUGAUGGCAAGGUUCAGAUUGCAUUGCUAGAGCCACCCAGGGGUGAAGGGACAUUUUACAUAGUCAAUUGCAAGGAUCUCCGCCCAUCAUUGGAUUGGUCUCCUGAAUUUGGUUGGAUGGUCCCCCAGCCUUUGGAAACUCAAAAUGGAUAUGUGCAUGCUCGUUUAAUUCGGCCUGUGAAGCAAGCUUUACUUUCAAAAUCCUUAGUUGAUGGGAUGGACGAAGACAAACAGAAUGCCAAGGUCACACCAAGGUCCUCAUUGGAGUUUAACCAGUCAUUCUCUUCCCACACAUCAGCUAGCUCGUUGCCUCAUCUAGACAGACCAAAAAACUCCAACGAUUCGUUGCAGCAGAGUGAAGAUAUUCCUAUGAAAGAAGUGCACCAAAAACAUGGGGUACAUGUGGAGUUGGAUGUAGGGGGUCCCGCCGUUGGGAAGUCUAGUUGCUCAGACGGUGUUUCCAGUACUUAUGUUCGAGAUGUUUCAGCUGAAGUCCCAUUAGCUACUCGUGGUGAAGAGAUGGGUCAUGAAUUUGGAUCUGUGAAGAAAAUGCGGUUGAAUGAGACAAUCAAUUUAAAUUCUACAGGCUGUGAUAACAUUGAAUCGGCAAUCUUAGAUUUGGAAGAACUUGUAAACAGGGUAAAAUGGCUGAAACAGAUUCUGAAGUUCGGAAUUUCUUCAACUCCUCAGGGUCCAACAUGGGAGUAUACGGAACACCCUGCAGUUUCUACUCCAAAAUAAGCACUUAGAUUGAUAUUGAUUGGGGAUUGGGCUGUUUCUGUAAUUGGUUUAAAAUCAAUUUGUGAGAUAUAUGAUGUUACCUUCAACGUGAAUGUUUGGGCUUGGAGGUGAUGGUUAUUAGCAGGAUUGUUGAUUGUUUCAGCACCACAAGACUGCUCUUGUAUGAUAUAUGCCUCACCAACUUCGGCAGCAAACUGUAUAUAUAGAUGCAGAGGAACUAUAUGUUACAGAUGUGGAUCUCCAACAUUAGGUUUUGUAAAUUUCACGUGCAAAUUUUUACGUGCUUAAUAUUUGAUUGUAGUAGGGAUCUUUUUACACGGUACAGAACCAUAGAUGUAUAAUAAUAGCCAUGUUGACCUGUUUAGAUGUGACCAUUUCUGUUCUGAGCUGCUCACUUCAAAUAGACGAGCUUAAUCCAUGGUUGGAGGCCAAUACUCAGAGACAGAGUUGGUUCAAAGAGAUAACUUUGGAGUACUAUAAGAAUUCAUCCUGAUCUUAUUAUAGGUAUGAUAUUGUCUGUUUGAUGCUCCCUCCGUUUCAGAAUACUUGUAAUAAUUUGAUUUUUCACUAUUUAAAACUUAUCUUUGACCAUAUUUUCUUA